AUGGCGCAAGAAGAGCUCAAGGGCCCGGAAGGGUCUGCCGGCGCUCAGAGGGUCUCCCUCGACAGCUACGGCUCCUCUGUCCGGCACAACUCCGACGGUCUGCAGCGCCGCCUCGACAACCGCCAGAUCCAGCUCAUCGCCAUCGGAGGCACCAUCGGAACCGGUCUGUUCGUCACCAUCGGCGGAGGUCUCGCCAAGGGCGGCCCCGCCUCGCUCUUGAUCGCAUACACCCUCUACGCCUGCGUCGUCGCCCUGGUCAACAACUCCAUCGCCGAGAUGAGCACCUACAUGCCCGUCUCCGGCGGCUUCAUCCGUCUCGCUGGUGUCUGGGUUGAUGAGGCUCUCGGCUUCAUGGUUGGUUGGAACUACUUCCUCUAUGAGGCACUCCUGAUCCCGUUCGAAAUCACCGCGCUCAAUCUUGUACUUUCAUUCUGGAACGAGAAGGUUACUGAGCCUGGUCCGACGGCGGGUAUCUGCGCUGCCAUCAUUAUUGCAUACGGUCUCAUGAAUGUGGCUGCUGUGGGCGUGUUCGGUGAAGCCGAGUUCUGGCUCUCCGGCGGCAAGGUCCUGCUCAUCUUCAUCCUGUUCCUCUUCACUUUCAUCACCAUGGUCGGUGGAAACCCGGCCCACGACGCGUACGGGUUCCGUCACUUUUCGAAUCCCGGGGCGUUCGCGACGUACAUGACUACCGGUGACACGGGUCGCAUGGAGGGCUUCAUGGGUGCUCUGGCCACUGCCACGUUCACCGUUGUCGGCCCCGACUACAUUUCGAUGAUCGCCGCCGAGGCCAAGCAUCCCUCGCUCUACAUCAAGUCCGCGUUCAAGACGGUCUACCUCCGCUUCGGCCUCUUCUUCGUCGGCGCCGCGCUGACCUGCGGCAUCGUGGUCCCGUACAACGACCCGACCCUCGUUAAGAUCUACAUCGACGGCACCUCCAGCGGCGGCACGGCCGCGGCCUCCCCCUGGGUCAUGGCGAUGGAGAACCUGGGGAUCCAGGGUCUCCCCCACCUGGUUAAUGCCCUGCUCUUCACCACCAUCUUCUCCGCGGGCAACACGUACACCUACUGCGCCACGCGGUCCCUGUACAGUCUGGCGAUGGACGGCCGCGCCCCGGCCGUGUUCCGCAAGACCACCAAGAACGGCGUGCCCAUCUGGUGCUUCGCCUUCACCAUGAUCUUCCCCAUGCUCUCGUUCCUGCAGUGCGGCAGCGGCUCCGCCAAGGUGCUCAACUGGCUGCUCGCGCUCAUCACCGGCGGCGGCGUCAUCAACUACCUCGUCAUGUCCAUCACCUUCCUGAACUUCCACCGCGCGUGCAAGGUUCAGAACUUCGACCGCCGCCGCCUGCCGUACUACGGCUGGUUCCAGCCCUACGGCGCGUGGAUCGCCCUGAUCCUGCAGACCAUUGUUGUUCUUACGUACGGGUGGUCCGCUUUCCGCCCCACCUUCAGCGUCGGCGAUUUCUUCUCCAACUACACGAUGCAAAUUGUCGCGCCGAUUCUGUUCAUCUUCUGGAAGGUUAUCAAGCGCACCAAGUACGUCAGGCCCGAGGUGCUCGACCUGCAAUGGGACCGCCCCAUCAUCGAGGCGUACGAGGACCAUCUGAUGACGCGUGAGCCCCCGAACACCUUCUGGAGGGAGAUGCUCCAGAUGGUUGGCAUCGGCCGCAAUAAGGUCAUCAAGGGCGAGAAGGCCUAA